UGUUAACUCUGAAAUGGCGGUGGCAACAGCUCCACCUCCGCCACCAACAGCAGCCGGAAGACCGCCAACCUCGCAACUCUUUUCGCGUGGUAACUUGGUCAGUAGUCGAACUGGCGGGGACAAGACUGCUCUGGCCAGACCCUCAACAGCAGUGCGAGCCGUGGGCUAUGCGGCCAGCACCAGCGGCUCAGCAGGUCAGCGAUUUGAUCAGUUCUUUCUGGAGAAGGUCAAGCAGCAGACGCUUUCAUCGGCCAAUGCGGCUGUCGAUGCAGCCAAGGAGGUGAAUCCCCAGAUCAAGUACAAGAAUAUGGAGAGUAAAAUUGUAAAGCUGCUGGAGUCAUCGAUUGUCCUGGCAGCGCGCAGUUCCUUGAAUCGAUCUAAUGGAAUGGUGAAUGCAGAAAUAAAGUCCUCAUUAGCAGAGGCUCUGAACAAGGCAAAGGAUGCCUCCUCAUUGGAUCGAAUACUUCAUCACGAGCAGGAUAAACAGGGUGAGAAUGUAUUUCACAAUUUCGACUUGACCUAUGCGGUGUUCUUCAAUCUCGCCGAGCAAUACGAGCACAAUGACAUGCACAUUGAAGCGCUGAAUACUUACAACAUUAUGACCAAGAACAAGAUGUUUCCGCAUGUGAACCAACUCAAGUUAAAUAUGGGCAACAUCUAUUUGAAGAUGGGCAUGCACAAGAAGGCCAUUAAAAUGUAUCGCAUGGCACUCGAUUCGGUGCCCAACACACUGAAGCAGCUGCGUCUGAAGAUCACCGAGAACAUUGGAGUACUGUUCGUGCGCAUGGGACAAUUUGCUGAUGCUGCCUCCAGUUUUGAGUUUAUUAUGUCGGAGCGUGCGGAUAUUCGAAGUGGCAUCCACCUGUUGCUCUGCUACUACUCCAUGGGGGAUGUGGACAAAAUCAAGAGCACAUUUCGCAGCCUCUGCGAUGUGCAGCCCGUGGAAACCGAACGUGACUUGGAGAAUGAGAAUAACAUUAUACGACUUCAGCAACAGGCAGAACAGGCGGGUCAGGCGGGUGGAGCAGGGGCCGAGGAGACGCAUGCUGCUGAGGUGGCCAUCAUUGAUGGGGAUGGCAACAGUUCCUUUGUGCAGGUCAAUGAGCCCAACAACAGCUCGGCCAAUGCGAAGAAGAAUCGCUACGUUCUGCAGGCUCUCAAGACCGAUGAACUCGCCGUUUAUACGAAGCAGCGUCGCAACUCGGAGAAGCGUUCGAUUACCAUGAUUGUGGACUUGAUUUCGCCUUUAAUCGAAGAGAACUACAAUGAUGGUUACAACUGGUGCAUUGAGGUCAUAAGGACCUCGAAUCUGUCGUGGCUCGCCAACGAGCUGGAGCUGAACAAAGCUUUGGUUUAUCUGCGUCAGAACGAUGUUAACCAGGCCAUCGAAACACUUCAGAUGUAUGAUCGCAAGAGCGAGAGCUCCAUGACAGCCAGUGCAUUGACCAACCUCAGUUUCAUCUAUAUUAAUCUGGGCAACAUGGAGAUGACAACACAUUGCCUCAAUCAGUUGCAGGAGAUUGGAGCACUACAAACGAAUGCAUUGGCUCUGGUUAACGCCAGCAUAGUCGACAUGCAGAAUCAGAAUUUUAGCUCGGCCAGGGAGCGUUUGCAGCGUGCCUUGGCAGUGGAUCCAACGCAUUUCGAGGCCAAUUACAACUUGGGUUUGCUAGCGCUGCAGGAGCAGGACUUUGCGCUGGCCGAGGAGCAGUUUGAGCUGCUGAAGGCGCAAUUAAUGGAGCCACAUUCGGUGCAGCAUAGCCAUGUCUACUAUCAGCUGGCCAAACUGCAGGAGCGACGCUUGAGUAGCUCUUCAGCUGGGGGCUUUAAGAACAACGCCUCGCCAGCUGCACUCCAAGCCUAUCUGCAAGUGCUGGGCAUAUCAGCCGCUGAUAUUGAUUCGCGACUGUUUGAGAAGGUCGGCUCCAUGUACGAACAGAUACAGGAUCACCAGGAGGCGAAUCAGUAUUACAACGAGGCGUAUCGCAUCAACAUGAGCGACAUUAAUAUUGCCAGCUCCAUUGGUUCCUACUACAUUAAGUUGCAGGCCACGGAGAAGGCGCUGUAUUACUAUGAGCGCGCUGUACUCGCCGAUCCGAAUGAUCCCAAUCUGAUGCUGCGCAUUGCCAGCUGCUUUCGGAACUCGUAUCUGCCGCCAAAACAGUAUCUGGGCAUGUUCGAGAAGAUCUAUGCGCGGUUUCCGGACAACUUGACGUGUGUGCGUGCCCUCAUGCAGGUGACCAAGUCUUUGGGCAUGAGCGAGCUGCAUGAACGCUAUGGCCAGGACUACGCUAGACUGCAUAAGCAGCAGCAGGAGAGACAGAACGAACAACGGUAUCAGCAGCAACGAUUAUCCUCGGCCACCUCGGGCAGAGGAAGCAGUCGCCUUCGAACUCUGAGGCCAUCUAAUGAGGAGCGUCUGGCAGAGAACAAUGAUAUCUCUACAAAUCUCACGGCGAACAGUUCCACGGGCUACAAUGGCGAUCAGUUCCUACAGAGCGCUAACUCCUAUUCGGUAAAACAGCAUGUGGAUCCUCUGGGUCCUCCAGCUGAACGUCCUCGCACGGGAAUGUUCCGAGCUCAACAGAGCAAUGACUCCGACGACGAUGCGGAAAUGAACGCCGAAAGUCUGUUGCCUAUUUAAUUUAUGUAAUUACUCGCUUAG